UUGGAGAAGCUGGAAAAUGAUGAUGUGAUGCAGUUUGUAUAUGAGUCUCUCCUAAAGACAUUAAGCAUAGGGGAAGGAGACAUUGAGGUUUCUGUGGGAAAUCAAGGCUCACAGUAUUCUUCUCUGCUAGUCCGUCUACCAUUGAGUCUCCAAGAUGUACCACCAGUUCUAGUUGAUGCCAACACAGGCCCAGCAACAAGCUUACUUCAUGUCACAUUUCAGGGAACGGAAGGAGUGUUCAUUCCCAAAUUACACCUGUCACCUAGAAUUGAGUCACUUAUAGGGGGUGCCUCAACAUUAGCACUCCCAGCUGUGCCACCUGGAGCCUGCCUUAUGGACUAUGUAGAAAGGAUUUUGCAACUGCUUGAACAGAGGGUACGCAAGGCUGUGCUAAGUUUUGAAAUGAGGAAGCAGUUUGUUGCACAGAUAUUGUGUCAAUUUGGAUGCGCUGUUCUGGAGUAUGAUGCAGAGCGGUUCAGUAAAGUUGUCCUUCUUUUUGAAGUGAAGGAUUUCCACUUCCUUACCUUCAUAACACUGAGUCCUCUGUUCCCCCAGCAACAGGCUCCAAAAGUAGUUCUUCAGUCACUUUACCACAACAGUCCUAGAGAACCAUACUCAAUGGAGUUAACAGACCUCUCAUAUAAUUCCCAGUGGAAUGCUGAAGAAAUGGUUCGACACAUAAAGCAGGGAAUUCAGCAGAAUGUCUCAUCCUUUCAAACUGCAUCCAUCAAAACAGCAUUAUAGAAUAUUUAAAACAACUUGUGCCAUUCUAGUAAAUGGCUUUUGUCAGGUAGAUUUUAAUUUAUCUGUAGCUUUAACACAGAAUUUGAUAUGGCUUUCUGUUAAAAGAAAUUGCAAAGUAGGUGAAUAAAUAAAUUUACUAUAGCAGUGCUUUAUUUUUAUCACAUAAAUAAAAAAAAUUUAAGAGUGCUAAGAAGGAAUUAGCCAUUCACAGAAAAUAAAGAAUAUGAAGUAAAUAUAAAUUAUCUGUCUCUCAACCCCAAGCUCCAAGCUCCCUUCUCUAUCUCACCUUCCCACAAACAAGGUUAUUUUCAGGGAUUUGUAAUUUUCACUAUUUUUUUUCCCAUCACCCAUUACCGUUGAGGAUAUGUAAUGUACAUAGAAAGUUUCAUAAGUGCACAGUCACUAAAGAGUCAAUUAUUAGGCCUGUGGCAGUCACCACAAUCACUUCACUCACCACCAGCACAGCCUCGUUUGGCAUAGUUUCCCUCCACACCGAGUCAUCUGCCACUAUCACCUCACUCAGCACCGGCACAGCCUCACUCGACAUAAUUACCUCUGCACUGGUGGUGGGAUGCUGUCAGUGGGGUCAGCGCUGAUUCGCUACAAUGCAGGAGAGCGGGGUGCAGCCGUUUGGCCAAUCAGCGUACUUGGCCGCUGACCUCACAUCUCCCAGAUUGUAUAUACCACAUGCACACCAAAAAUUACACAGAAUACUCUGCA